AUGGAGCAGCUAAUACCUGGCCUGCCGGAUGAGAUAGCGAGGGAGUGCCUCAUCCGGCUGCCCUACGGGUGGUGGCACGCCGCCCGCUGCGUCUGCAAGCUCUGGCGCGAGGAGAUCGAGUCGGCGGACUUCCACCGCCUCCGCAGGACCUCCGGCAUCUCCCAGCCCGUGGUCGCCCUCUCCCAGUCGGAGGCCGUCGCCGUCGCCGGCGACCCAGCCAAGAAGUGCGCCUUUGGGCCGUCCUAUCGGGUUGCCCUCUUGGAACCGGAAUCGGGAACCUGGAGCACCCUCCCCCCCGUCCCCGGCCUCCCGCGGGGGCUCCCUCUGUUCUGCCAACUGGCUGCCGCCGGCAGGCGCCUGGUGGUCAUCGGAGGAUGGAAUCCGGAGAGCUGGGUCGCCACCGACGAGGUCCAUGUGUACGAUUUCAUGGCCGGGUCCUGGCGGCGCGGGGCGCCCAUGCCGGGCCCGCGGCGGUCCUUCUUUGCCUGCGCGUCCGACGGGCGCCGAAUGGUGUUCGUGGCCGGCGGGCACGACGAGGACAAGAACGCGCUGAGGUCGGCGAUGGCGUACGACGUGGAGAGGGACGAGUGGCUCCCCCUGCCAGACAUGGCCAGAGAGCGGGACGAGUGCAAGGGGGUGUUCCGGCGAGGGGGCUUCCACGUCGUCGGCGGGUACUGCACGGAGAUGCAGGGGCGGUUCGGGAAGAGCUCGGAGGCGUUCGACGUGGCGGCGUGGCGGUGGGGACCGGUGGAGGAGGACGCGCUGGAGGCCGCCGCCUGCCCGAGGACCUGCGUGGCGUGGGGCGACGGCAGGAUGUACAGGUGCCGGGUGGGGAACGUGGCGGUGAUGGCGGAGGAGAAGGGGGCCUGGCGGCAGGUGGCGGAGCUUCCCAAGGAUGCCCGCGUAAUGCCGCACGUCGUCGCCUGCAGGAGCCGGAUUCUGGUCCUGGGGUCGGUCACCCACGGCGGGUCUCACGUCGGGUACAUACUGGAGGAGGCCGCCGCCGGGAAGUGCUACCAGUGGACGCCGGUGCCCGUGCCGGAGGAGUACUCCGGCCAGGUGCAGGCGGGCUGCUGCUUGGAGAUGUAG